AAGGAUCAUAUGCACCCGUCUAAGGGGCCUCCUCCACGGCUUCUCUGGCCACUCCUAUGGAUGGAGCGCUACAAGCAGGCACGCCAAAUUGCCCGGACUCCUUUUAAAAAAAAGUCAACAAUUCAAUCAAUAAAUAAAGUAGUGCAGGAGGAACUUUCCUUGUGUUUCAUUGGCUGCUGACACGUUGGGGGUGUGGUAGAAAGCAAGUGUGGUUUGAAAAAGGAAGUCACAGCAUGACUCGGUGUUAGAGAGACCCACGCUGCCAUGCAACACGUGAAUGAGAUCCCGAUGGCGCCCGCCACCUGCACCUACGCGAGCAUCCCCGCGGAGCCUCCACGUGAUUACGUCAUCUGUUCCAUCUGCACCUUCUGCCUCAUAGGAAAUCCUUUCUGCUUGGGACUGGCCGCCCUCAUCUUCUCCAUCAAGGCUAGAGACCGGAAGGUCGUGGGAGACAUGGAGGGAGCCAAAAGCCACGCCUCCACCGCCAAAUGCCUCAACAUCACGGCCUCCGUCAUCUUCGCCCUCAUCAGCCUCGCUAUAAUCAUUGCAGUGAUUGUCUCUACUGUAUCUUUUCACAAUAACUACAACAGAUAUUAUGGAUGAGCCACACGCUUGUUGCUUUACCACUUUGCAUGCUGGGCAUGAUGAUGCCUUGAAUGCCACAGCUCAGGUCAUCUCUGCAUGCCAACGUCUCCGUUUGAAAAGCACCGCCCACCCAACCCAACCCAAGCGGCUUCCAGCUGGAGGUCACCAGCAGAUGGCUUCCAUUUAUUCCAUUUAGGUCUAUCGCCACAACUUUGUGUUCUAUUCUUGCCUGCUUGUGAAGCAAGUCAAUAAACUUGACCAUCACGCUACCACCGCCAUGUUUGACUCUUCACUAUCCAUUAUUUGCUAGCAUACUCUGAUUCAGAGGCCUAGUCCCCAUCAUCUGUUCUACUUUCUACUUGGAUAUGUAGUAUCAAAUAAUGACAUUGGCUCUGCUGCCGUGGGGAUAUCAGUAGA